AUGACGUACGUCUUAGAGAAAAUGGACCUGUCACGUAUUAAUAAAAUGAAAAUCAAUGAUCCCAGAUUUGAACAAUGGACUCAAAGUAUAUUAGAGGCGGAAGAGAGUGACUUUAGCGGGAAUGAUGACUCUCAUAAUGAUCCCAAUUAUGUCAGUGAACACGAAAGCGAUUCAGAAAUUGAAUGGGAGCCGGAAACCGUGGCACUGGAAACUACACUGGAUGUUUCAGAUACUACCUCACAAAAUGCAGCACCUUCCAACGAGCACCAAGAAAUUCCAACUUCAACUCCGAGAACGUACUAUGGUAAAAAUCGAUACAAAUGGACUGCAGAUGCUCCACCUUCAAAUGGUACAUUGAACCUAUAUGUUUAG